AUGGCGGGCUGCUUCAGAAUGAUCGCGAACCCUGUCAACCUUUCGACCUUAGCUCGACCUUCAAGUCCAGUCUUGCAAUCCCCUUGGCGUCGAAAUCUCGACUCGAUAUCUUUCGUACGGCCAAACACUACAAAGGCCGGGAAUCAUCACGUCAAGUAUAACUGGAUCAAGGGAGUGGAGACACUUGAGUUAUAUCAGCCUGGGGGAUAUCAUCCUGUUAUGGUUGGUGAUGUCUUACACGACCGUUAUCACAUUGCAGACAAACUUGGCUUCGGGGCCUAUUCGACGGUUUGGCUUGCCCGAGAUGCUCGCCUGAACAGAUAUGUUACUCUCAAGGUCAGCAUAGCCGACUCGGUCCAGCGCGAGACAAAAAUUCUCAAGGCUCUGUCUGAUCCGACUCCGUCGUUCUCAGUACAUCCUGGGCGUGGUUUGGUGCCUGUUUUCCUAGAUGAAUUCGAAGUGCAAGGUCCUAAUGGGAAACAUACAUGCUACGCGGUGGCCCCUGCACAAUGCAACCUUAGAGAGGCUUCAUUUAGCCGUCUUUUCCCUCUCGAAGUCGCUCGAGCACUAUCAUAUCGACUCGCACAGGCUGUUGCUUACACGCAUUCACACGGCUAUGUUCAUGGAGAUAUUCAUUUAAAUAAUAUUUUAUCCAAGCUGCCGUCCAGCUUCGAUGAUCUUUCUAUAAAGCAAUUCUACGAGAGAUUCGGACCACCCGAGACAGUCCCUAUCACCCGGCGUGACGGAGGACCAUUGCCUCCUAAUGUCCCAUCUAAAGCUGUUGUGCCGCUAUUUAUCUGGAAAUCUGCGGAGAUGUUCUCAUUAUCCGACGCACACCCGCUUCUAACUGACUUUGGUGAAGCGUUCCCUCCCGCUUCAGAAACUCGCCUUGGACAAGAUUGCCACACGCCAAUCCCGUUUCGAGCUCCGGAGGCUAAGUUCGAAUUUCAAAGCCCGCUCUCAUAUCCCUCAGAUAUCUGGAGUCUGGCCACGGCGAUCUGGGAGAUUGUGGGAAUGGAGGCUAUAUUUAGUACUGAUUUUGCGGACGAGGAUCAUGUAGUGGCUCGGCACAUUGAUGUAUUAGGACCUAUGCCAUUGGAAUGGUGGCACCGCUGGCACUCACGAUCACGAUUUUUUGGUGAGCAUAGACAGCCAACAGAGUCAUACAGAGGAAAUAGGUGGCCUCCGCUUGAGGAAUCAUUUGAGACUGGUGUGCAGAAAUGGAGACGGAAGAUGGGAGUCAAGAUUGAGGAAGACGAGAAAGACGCGUUUCUGGAUUUGAUGCGCCGUAUGUUGUCUUACCGGCCGGAAGAGCGACCGACUGCUGAAGAGGUGUUAAUAUCAGAUUGGAUGCUCAAAUGGGCAUUACCUGAUUGCGAGAGGAGCUGA